GUAAGCCGUACAUCAAAACGAACGUACUCAGUCAUCGCUCUUGUAAGGUUUGCAGAGGGCAUGUGAAAGGUACAUUGCUGCGUGGUUUUGACUCGCUUUCCUUCCGAAAAGGCAGUAGAAGUGUUUAGCCAGACACAGUUUGUGCUUUCCUUGUACGCAGACAUGUUUUACAAGAGCACAAGAGUGAGACAAAUGCUGAGCCUUGUCCCGGGGAAACGCCGACUGGGACCAUACAGGUUUCUUCCCAUCUUCUUUUGCAUUGGAGGAGUCAUGGAGUGGGUUAUGAUCAAUGUGAGGAUAGGAAGAGAAACAUUCUAUGAUGUCUACAGAAGGAAACGAUCAGAGCGGGAGUACCAACAGAAGAUGGCAGACGAGCUGAUAGUUCUUGAUCAGCCUGCUGCCAAGUGACUGAUGGUCGGACUCGGACUUUAAACAACACUCGAAGACACAUUGUUGGACUCUUCAUUCCUGCACUGAGUUAAACAACUUUACUACAUCAGUAAUAUUAUUGAUGAUGUAUAAGUAAUAAGAUGAUGAACUCACCUCCAAACUGUUUUCAGAGUAACGUUGCAAUUUUCAGUUAAAUUGGGGCUGAUUGUUUUUAAAGCAAUAAUUCAUGUGAAAAGCAAACAUUUAUUAAUGCUUCAUGUUAAAAACUGUGUUUAGCAUUUUUAAAGGGCAAAACAACAUAUUUGCAUUCAGAUUUCGCAAUAAUAUAUUAAUUACUUUGGGUGAGAAACUGUAUAGUUGAUCUGUUUGUUGUAUAAAAAUAUUUAAGUUCACUCUGCAUUGUUUUCUUUUGACAUUUUAUAAAUUUAUAUUACACCCAUUCAGUACAUGCACAAUAUAAAAAGAUGUAUAGUAUAUAAAGGUGUGUGAAUUUUUUUUUCAGUUAAACAAACAAAAAAGGUACUGUCAGCAGAUGAAUCUCUCAGGGUAUUAUGACAGCCUGACUGUGUACCUGUCUCCUCUCCCUGGUUCAAAUUGGGCCGAUAAAGUGGCUAUUGUUGAAAUUUUGUUUUGCAGGAAAACCAGUCAAUUACUGGCCCUUUAUGUAAGCAUUUCAAUGGAUGUACCUCCACAGCUAAUUCAGUUCAAGAUGGCCACCAAGGCCAAUUAACCCUACAAAACAUACAAAUGGCAAUAAAUAAAUAAACAUAUGGUUUAUGGUUACAUCAGUUUUUUAUAUAUAUAUAGCUAAAAUUAGUUGUGAUUAUAAAAGAGACCUUUCCCAACAUACUCCAGUUACUAUUCAUUGAACACUGCAUAAUGCUUUUGCAUUAAUUGUAAGAAAUUUCAUUUUAUCUGUUGGUCUUUUUACAGUUAUUAGUGCACAUGUUCAAAGUCAAUAUAUUCAUGCCUAUUUCCAGUUUGUUGAAAUACACCAUCUCUAAACUGUCAUACCUGUUUCAGCUGUGCUUUACUGUCAUUCUGACAUCUGGAAACGCUGCACAUUAAGGACAUUUUGCUACCACAAUGAAAAGUACCAAACAACUAAUUUUACAGAUACUUGUGUACAUAAAGUAAAUAAAAAGCUGAUGUAAAUGAA